AUGCAAAAUGACAAAAAUGCUGCUUCUCUUUUAAACAAUGAAUUAGAUAAAUUAGCUAAAACUAUAGUAACAAAACAAUUGGAAAGAGACAAAAUUAUAACUGAGUACAAUAAGAAAUUGGAAAGUGUAGAACAACUAAUUAACGUUUUACUAAAUUUACAACAAACUGAUACUAGAAAUGUGGUUAAUUGUGACAAAUUAGAUAAGAUUUUAAAUAAAGGCAUGAAAAUAUAUAAAGACGAGACAGACGGUAUGGAAUAUUGUAUGAUACCGAUAAGAAAAAAAUCGGAUACGGCUGACACGAGUACUAUUGCCUACAAAGGGCAACAACAAGAUGUUUUAGUAAAAAAUAAAACUGAAGAUAACGGAUAUAACAUUAUAAAUAGAAAGGAAUUAGAGUUAAAUAAAAGUAGCGAAGGGGGAAAAAAAAAGAAGAAGAAGAAGAAGAAGAAAAACAAUAUACCAUGCUCUUUUUGUCAUGAAAUAGGUCAUGUAAGAUCUAAAUGCCCCAAAAUAUAUAUGCCAUCCUUGUAG